UCACCACUUGUGCAGUCUGUGCCGAUGACCUGGGUGAAAGAAGGAGGAAUGGUGCGACUGGAUAAAAAAUACCUGCAGGCGAAUUUCAAGGAAGUCGGCACCGAUGAAAUCGUCUACACCAUCCUCGCCUCAGACGGACGACCUCAACACGGUGAGGUGGUGCUGGUGUCCAUGCCAGCCGACGGCCCUCCAGAGGGCUGGCGUCCCUCGCUCGCCGACGACCGAGGCUUCACCUCCACCACCUCCUUCACUCAGCAGGACGUGAACGACGGCACGGUCUGGUACCACCACUUUGGCAGAGGCACCGACAGCGACUCCUUCCAGUUCCAG